AUGAUUUUCUAUUUCAUUUCGUUACUAGUAUUAUUUAAUGUUGUACAAAUUGACAGCUUGUCAUGUUACGAAUGUUCCUGUAAAAUUUCUGAGAAAUGUAGUUGUACGGAAACUGUAUUUUUCAAUGGAACUAAUACAUACUGUGUUAUAACCUUAUCAAAUCUUGAUGGUCGUAUUGUUUUGGGUCAUAUCGAUCGAUCAAGUCCAAAGAAACAGAUAAAAAAUCCUCAUUAUGUAUCUGUUCUAGAAUCGAUAAUCUAUGACGAUCUUCAAAAAAGAUGGUACUCGAGAAACGAUAUGGUUAAUUAUGGAUGCAAUUGGGAUAAAUGUAAUGAUCCAAAACUAAUUCAAUCAUUGCCACAUACUUUUUCGUUAAAUCUGGAUUCAUCAUGGUUGAAUAAUAACAUUUUGGAAAAAUCCGAUGCAACAAAACCAUCCUGUUACAAAUGUGAUGCUCAAUCUUGCGUUGAUGAAAGCUGUAAGGAAGAAGAAUGUAACGGACUUUGUAGGGUAAGAAAUGUUUUCCAGAAACCAGAGAAUUCACCGGAAGAUUGUUAUGAAUCAUUGUGUAUUGCACAUGAUCCGUCUAUUAAAAACAAAGUCAUAAUUGAUGCGAAUUAUCAUUUGAAUGGGGAAAAAACACUGGAUUUAUGGGAAAUUGAUGUAUACUGUCGUACAAAUAAUUGCAGUCGAUUAGAGAUUUUUAAGGAAAUUCGAGAAAAUAUAAAAAGCACGAUAAUGAUUGAUGACACAGUAUUUGAAAAUCAUAAACCAGAAAUAUCAACCGUUAUUAUACCAACCGUUACUACACCACUAGUAACAGAAACAGUGACAACACCAACAUCCAAUUCGCUCACUCUUCACGGAACAUUGACAUCGUUAUUACUUAUAUUUAUGAUAUGGGCAGUAACACUAUAUUGA